CGCACACUUGGCAAGACAAGACACGCUUGAAGAUCUGAAGGUCAUACCUGUCUGCGACGUCCUUUGUGGGUUUCAUAAAAAUGUUUGCGACGAGCGGCAUAUUCGACGUGAACCCGUAUGAGUCGCACCCCAGUCUGACCGCGUUGGAGGCGGAUGUUCUGUGGGAGUACGCCAAACUAUCGCAACAUGUGAAAGAUUUGACCGUUACUACGAAACAGCUAUCCGAAGGACCAGAUGAGAAUCUUAUUGCACGUCUGAGAGUGCUAGAGCGAAAAAUGGGCCUGGUGUUGACACUGUUCAAAGCAUCAGUUUGGGGCGUCAUCAACGAGCAGCCUGUCAAGGAGGUGGGAUAUCCGUACGCGACAACUGACACGACGCUACGAAAAUGAUACACAUCCAAAGAGUAGA